CAGUGUUUCCGUGGACCAUCCACAUGCUUUUUGGAUUGGGCAGCAUUACAGCACAGCACGGCGCGGCAGAAAGCCGUCUUUUACUUCAUGGAGUCCAAAAUGGCGCUUUGUUUACUUCCACUUUUAAGUAAUUUCCAUCUUUAGCAAGCUCAAUGGAGAAUUUUGGUAUCUUACGGGCACGAAUAAAGUAAUUAGAUUCAACGUCCAACACAAGGAGUCUGACCUUCAAUACACGGAGGCUCGAUUGGAGUUUAACAGCAACAGUGGGCAGGAUGCAGGCAGAAGCCACAGACUCUUCACUGAGGCAGGGCAUAGAGAUACUGGCUGUGAAGGACACUGACCAACCUUCAGCAGCUGAAGAAAAGGAGGAGAAAAAGGCCGACAAAGAACGACAGGAUCCUACGGUCUCAGCUGCUACAGAGAAGGAGGGUGACAGCUCUGCUAUUAAGGAGGAACACGACGCAGACAUGGAAACAGAGGAUGGUGAAUCACACCAGGAUGACACACAGACAAGGCCAGAGGAGGCUGGUGAAGAGGGAAAGCAGGCUUCUGAUGUGGGGGACGAAUGGGAAAUUCCUUACAGUGACGAGGAAAUGGAGGACCCAAAAUCCUGGAUACCUUCACCCCCGGAAAUUAAAAGACUCUAUGAGCUGCUUGCCAAAGGAGAAAUGCUGGAAUUGAACUUUGUGCCUCUGCCGAGAAGGCCACCUACACCCGAACUCACACAGUCACCUGAGAGAGAUGAUGACGAAGCAAUGGCUAAAGAGAGGGAGAGGGAGGAGAGAGUGCGCAAACCUCCGACUCCGACUGAGUUUGACUUUGAUGAAGAACAGAUGCAAGCCACUCCGAAAAAUGCCUUUGUGAACCGCCGGCGAACACCAGGAUCUUCAGCCCGUUCCUCUGUGAAACGAGAAGCUCGACUAGACAAGGUGCUGUCGGACAUGAAGCGCCACCGCAAAAUCGAGGAACAGAUCAUGAGAUCCAGCCGAGAUUUGUUCAAGAGCGACAAGAAGCUCGGGGCGAAUCUGUCCCCCAACAGCCAGAAGGAGCGUGAGAAGGAGAGGGAGCGAGACAGCAACCCCAACACCAUCUUCUCCCCGAGACAGAGGAGGUAUUAAAGUAUUCAGAGAGACCAAGACUAAUCACAGUCAAAGAUGGACGUUGUUAGUUUUCCAACGUGCUGAAAAAAAACAAACUGAAAUAUUUUAACAGUUAAAAUGUCUUUUGUGUGUUUUGUAUGACGGGAAUUUGAACUCUCGAAUAAAGCAGCUGUUGUUUACAGUGAUAAUGAUUAUCCUGCAGCAUUGCCAGCUCACUAUUUACACUUCAUACAAACUUUGGAAAAAAAAAAAAAAUGGUGUGUUGACACCAAAAGCAAUUGGUGCUUUUUCCCUUCGAUAAAACAAAUUUUAAAAAAAAUCAACAGGAACUGCAUACAUAUGGUGUGAAAAAUCUGCCAAAUGAACAUACUGACAACCUCCGUGCCGCACCCCCGAUAAAGGGUUAAGCUAAAAGUGAUUCAGUGUAGAUGCCUGUGUAGGUUCUCAAGGUCAUUUUCCCCAAGCUGUUGACACUCUGAUCUUUAUAGAACCAUUGUAUAUCAGUGGUUCUCAAUUAUUUUCUGUCAUGCCCCCCCUUGUGGACAGAAAUGUUUUCACGCCCUUCCCCGUACUCCCUUGACAACCACUGUAUGAGUUGCUGCCACCUAGUGGCUGGAGGCUUGUUAUCAUUCAGGCAUUACAGCAGUGGUAGACACUUAUGUCCAUAUGCGUGCCAUAUUGCGCCCACACGGGGACCCGCCCCACUAUUUGAGAAGUGCUGGUGUACAUUUUAAGAUUAAGAUUUGUGUUCAUUCACUCAUACUUAAAAAGAAACUCAAGACAGACUCAGGACAGAUAAGUAUAUUUUUGCUAGGUUUGAUUAACAAUACAGCCUUCAUACAAGGCUUCGAAGCAUAGAGUAUAGUGUGUAUGCAUCAAUAUGCAUUUUAAAACCACAAAACAAAUAAAUAAAUAAAUACUUACAAAUAAAUAACAAGCUUCUGUGGAAUAUACAGUACAUCAGUUCAAAGUUUUAGUAUCGUGGAGAAGCAGUAUAAGCAUUUAUUAACGGGACAAGGGAAUGAAUAUUCUUUGUCCGACAUGCCCACGGUUGACCUAGAUGUUUUGGCACACGCUGCUCUAAAGCAAUUGUUUCUGAGCUUGUUUUUUUUUUAUUAUUAUUAUUAUUAUUUGACCCACUUCCUGGACAGUGUUUCAGUUGCUUCAAUUAUCCAAAACACAAAAACUAAACAAAAACAAAAA